GCGCGCGCGCGCGCGCUCGCUUUAGCGCCCGCUCCAAUGGGAGCGGCGGGUGCGCGUCACGUGUCCGGAGGCCGGUGGGCGGGGCCGCUAUAUAAGGCUCGGCCGGGCGCCGCCUCGGCCGCCUUCUCAGCAGCUCCAGCCCGGGACAGAUCCGCUCGACUCCUCCUCCUCCACCACCACCACCAUGUCUUCUGAAGAAGGAAAACUCUUCGUUGGGGGUCUGAAUUUCGAGACCGACGAACAAGGCCUGGAGCAGCAUUUUGGCUCUUUCGGCCCCAUCUCUGAGGUGGUCGUAAUUAAAGACAAAGAGACCCAGAGGUCCAGAGGCUUUGGCUUCAUCACCUUUGCCAACCCGGAACAUGCGUCAGAUGCCAUGAGGGCAAUGAAUGGAGAGUCCGUGGAUGGGCGUCAGAUCAGAGUUGACCAUGCUGGGAAAUCUUCCCGUGGAUCCAGAGGUGGCUCAUUCGGAGGCAGAGGCCGAGGCCGCGGCUACUCCAGAGGAGGUGGAGACAGAAGCUACGGUGGCGGCCGCUAUGACAACCGAAGUGGAGGCUAUGGCGGGUCCCGGGACUACGGCGGCAGAAGUCAGGGAGGAUAUAACGACCGCUACUCCUCUGGAGGCUCUUACAGAGACAACUAUGACAACUAAGCUCGCAACGAGUAAAAACCCUUCCUGACUCAAGAUCGUCCUUCCAAUGGCCGUAUUUAUAAAGAGUUUUGGAGCUUCGCUGAAUCUUAUUGUUUAGUUAUCUACCUGUAUCUUCCCUUUUGUAGUCUUGUCACACGCAGCCUGACAGCUUCUGCUACGAGAUGGCCCGUUGAGACUUUCCUCAAGAAAGCUCUGUUUAGUUUUGAGUGUUUUUUUAAAAGCAUUUUUGAAAUCUGGUUUAUUUUUCUCCUUUUGAUUUGUCAACAACCCAAGGUUUCUUUUAAAUUGCCAAGACGGGGCCCUGAACUCACUUUAACACAUUGUUCCCGCAAGCUGGAGUUUCUAAGACAAGUGCAAUGAUACCUUGGAGUUCUGUUCCUUUAGUGUAUAGCAAGGGAGGGGUGAAAUGCGCGGCAGCCUUUGGUAUAUCUAAAGGGACACAAGUGACUCGUAAGUUCGAUCUGCAGAAAAAAGGUAUUUUCACUGUACAAUGUAACAACCCCCAGAACUAAGACUUGCAAAAACGUUCCACGAGAGGUUCUUGAAAAUGUUUGUUUAUAUUGUCCUUUUUUUACUGGAAGAAAUGCGCAUAAUUCCAUUGGUAUUGUAUUUGAAGUGGUGAAGGAAUUCCUGUAUUCAGUUCUCUGGCUUUACGAAGCCUAUUAAAAGACCGUUCUGAAACGAA